AUGCCGCUACUCAGGCCAAUCUACUAUACCAUUGUCCUCCUCGGUGUCCUCGUCGACGCCUAUACAGGCUGGGUCAAUGCCGAAUCCUCGACCCUGGGAACCGGGACGGAUCACUUUGACGAGGACGUUCAUUGCGGGACGACGUUUAUGUUGACUAUCGUGCAGCCACAAUUCACGUAUGCGCCGGCAGUAAAGCAGCAGAAGGGAGGUGGAAACAAAAAGGCUGCGAACGGAAGACCGCGAGCUUUGAGGGCAAGUAAGCUGAAGCUGAAGUCUGACUUCCUUUUCACCAACAAGCCAACUGCCGCACACAUAUUAGACUGGGACACCUAG